AUGGUCCGCUUUGGGGACGAGCUGGGUGGCCGCUAUGGGGGCACCGGCGGCGGGGAGCGGGCCCGGGGCGGCGGGGCCGGCGGCGCGGGCGGCCCUGGCCCGGGGGGUCUGCAGCCGGGCCAGCGGGUCCUCUACAAGCAGUCGAUCGCGCAGCGCGCGCGCACCAUGGCGCUGUACAACCCCAUCCCGGUCAAGCAGAACUGCUUCACCGUCAAUCGCUCGCUCUUCGUCUUCAGCGAGGACAACGUCGUCCGCAAAUACGCCAAGCGCAUCACCGAGUGGCCUCCCUUCGAGUACAUGAUCCUGGCCACCAUCAUUGCCAACUGCAUCGUGCUGGCCCUGGAGCAGCACCUCCCUGAUGGCGACAAGACGCCCAUGUCCGAGCGGCUGGACGACACGGAGCCCUACUUCAUCGGCAUCUUCUGCUUCGAGGCCGGGAUCAAGAUCAUCGCCCUGGGCUUCGUGCUGCACAAGGGCUCCUACCUGCGCAACGGCUGGAACGUCAUGGACUUCGUGGUGGUCCUCACAGGGAUCCUGGCCACGGCCGGCACCGACUUCGACCUGCGGACGCUGCGGGCCGUGCGGGUGCUGAGGCCCCUCAAGCUGGUGUCUGGGAUUCCGAGUCUGCAGGUGGUGCUCAAGUCCAUCAUGAAGGCCAUGGUUCCGCUGCUGCAGAUCGGGCUGCUGCUGUUCUUCGCCAUCCUCAUGUUCGCCAUCAUUGGCCUCGAGUUCUACAUGGGCAAAUUCCACAAGGCCUGCUUCCCCAACAGCACAGACGCGGAGCCGGUGGGCGACUUCCCCUGCGGCAAGGAGGCCCCCGCCCGGCUGUGCGAGGGCGACACCGAGUGCCGGGAGUACUGGCCGGGGCCCAACUUCGGCAUCACCAACUUUGACAACAUCCUGUUCGCCAUCCUGACGGUGUUCCAGUGCAUCACCAUGGAGGGCUGGACCGACAUCCUCUACAACACCAACGAUGCCGCCGGCAACACCUGGAACUGGCUGUACUUCAUUCCGCUCAUCAUCAUCGGCUCCUUCUUCAUGCUCAACCUGGUGCUGGGCGUGCUCUCGGGCGAGUUUGCCAAGGAGCGUGAGCGGGUGGAGAACCGCCGGGCCUUCCUGAAGCUGCGGCGGCAGCAGCAGAUCGAGCGGGAGCUGAACGGGUACCUGGAGUGGAUCUUCAAGGCCGAGGAGGUCAUGCUGGCCGAGGAGGACAAGAACGCGGAGGAGAAGUCCCCUCUGGAUGCAGUGUUGAAGCGGGCGGCCGCCAAGAAGAGCCGGAACGACCUGAUCCACGCCGAGGAGGGCCAGGACCGCCUUCCGGACCUCUGCGCUGCGGGGUCCCCCUUCGCCCGAGCCAGCCUCAAGAGCGGGAAGACCGAGGGCUCGUCCUACUUCCGCAGGAAGGAGAAGAUGUUCCGGUUCUUCGUGCGGCGCAUGGUCAAGGCCCAGAGCUUCUACUGGGUGGUGCUGUGCGUGGUGGCCCUGAACACGCUGUGCGUGGCCAUGGUGCACUACAACCAGCCCCAGCGGCUCACCACGGCGCUGUACUUUGCAGAGUUUGUUUUCCUGGGUCUCUUCCUCACAGAGAUGUCCCUGAAGAUGUAUGGCCUGGGGCCCAGGAGCUACUUCCGGUCUUCCUUCAACUGCUUCGACUUUGGGGUCAUUGUGGGGAGCAUCUUCGAAGUGGUCUGGGCCGCCGUCAAGCCCGGGACCUCCUUUGGGAUCAGCGUGCUGCGGGCCCUGCGGCUGCUGAGGAUCUUCAAGGUCACCAAGUACUGGAACUCACUACGCAACCUGGUGGUGUCGCUGCUCAACUCCAUGAAGUCCAUCGUCAGCCUCCUGUUCCUGCUCUUCCUGUUCAUCGUGGUCUUCGCCCUGCUGGGCAUGCAGCUGUUCGGGGGGCAGUUCAACUUUCAAGACGAGACGCCAACGACCAACUUUGACACCUUCCCCGCUGCCAUCCUCACUGUCUUCCAGAUCCUGACCGGGGAGGACUGGAACGCGGUCAUGUACCACGGCAUCGAGUCGCAGGGUGGAGUCAGCAAGGGCAUGUUCUCGUCCUUCUACUUCAUCGUCCUCACGCUGUUCGGGAACUACACCUUGCUGAACGUCUUCCUGGCCAUCGCCGUGGACAACCUUGCCAAUGCUCAGGAGCUGACCAAGGAUGAGGAGGAGAUGGAAGAAGCAGCCAACCAGAAGCUCGCCCUGCAGAAGGCCAAGGAAGUGGCCGAAGUCAGCCCCAUGUCGGCCACAAACGUCUCUGUUGCCGCUUUUGUAAAGCAAACUCGAGCUACUGUCUCUCGCAGCUCGUCCGUCUCCAGCGCAAACUCACCCCGGCAGCAGAACUCGGCCAAGGCGCGCUCGGUAUGGGAGCAGCGGGCCAGCCAGCUGCGGCUGCAGAACCUGCGGGCCAGUUGUGAGGCGCUGUACAGCGAGCUGGACCCCGAGGAGCGGCUGCGCUUCGCCACCUCGCGUCAUCUGCGGCCCGACAUGAAGACGCACCUGGACCGGCCCCUUGUGGUGGAGCCUGGUGCGCGGGGAUCGGCGGGGGGCAAGGCCCGGCCGGAGGGCACGGAAGCUGUGGACGGUGCAGACCCACCGCGCAGGCACCACCGGCACCGCAACAAGGACAAGGCCGCUGCCCCGGCGGCGGAGCAGGACCGGGCUGAUGCCCCAAAGACGGAGGGCGGGGAGCCCGUGGCCCGGGAGGAGCGGGCACGAGCGCAUCGGAGCCGCAGCAAGGAGACCGCAGGGGCCCGGGAGGUCCGGAGUGAGCGCGGCCGCGGAGUGGGGCCUGAGGGCGGCCGGCGCCACCACCGGCGUGGCUCCCCGGAGGAGGCGGCCGAGCGGGAGCCCCGGCGCCACCGCGCGCACCGGCACGCGCCCGACACGGGCAGGGAGCGGCGCGCGCGGCACCGUGGUGGCCCCCGGGCCGGGUCCCGGGAGCCGGAGAGCGGGGAGGAGCCGGCGCGGCGGCACCGGGGUCGGCAUAGGGCACCGCCAGUGCACGAGGAUGCGGAGAAGGAGGCAGCGGAGAAGGAGGGCGAGGCCGAGGACGCGGACAAGGAAAAGGAGUCCCCGACCCCGCAGCCCCAGGAGCCGCACUGCGACCUGGAGGCCCCAGGCGCCGGGGGCGCGGGCCCUGUGCGGGCGCCGCCUGGAACCUGUGUGCCGACGGCGGAGGAGCAGCCGGAGGACGCCGACAAUCAGCGCAACGUGACUCGGAUGGGCAGCCAGCCCCCAGACCCAGGGGCCCCCGCGCACACCCCGGUGACUCCGGCCGGCCCUCCGGGCGAGACCGCCGUCACUCCCACCGGCAACGUGGACCUGGAGAGCCAAGCGGAGGGGAAGAAGGAGGCGGGAGCCGACGGCGCGCCGAGGAGCGGCCCCAGGCCCAUCGUCCCGUACAGCUCCUUGUUCUGCCUGAGCCCCACCAACCUGCUCCGCCGCUUCUGCCACUACAUCGUGACCAUGCGGUACUUCGAGAUGGUCAUCCUGGUGGUCAUCGCCCUGAGCAGCAUCGCCCUGGCCGCUGAGGACCCCGUGCGGACAGACUCGCCCAGGAACAACGUCCUGAAGUACCUGGACUACAUUUUCACGGGCGUGUUCACCUUCGAGAUGGUGAUAAAGAUGAUUGAUUUGGGGCUGCUGCUGCACCCGGGGGCCUACUUCCGGGACCUGUGGAACAUUCUGGACUUCAUUGUGGUCAGUGGGGCCCUGGUGGCGUUCGCCUUCUCGAGCUUCAUGGGAGGAUCCAAAGGGAAGGACAUCAACACCAUCAAGUCCCUGCGCGUCCUGCGUGUCCUGCGGCCCCUUAAGACCAUCAAGCGGCUGCCUAAGCUCAAGGCCGUGUUCGACUGCGUGGUGAACUCCCUGAGGAACGUGCUCAACAUCCUCAUCGUGUACAUGCUCUUCAUGUUCAUCUUCGCCGUCAUCGCCGUGCAGCUGUUCAAGGGCAAGUUCUUCUACUGCACGGACGAGUCCAAGGAGCUGGAGCGGGACUGCAGGGGCCAGUACCUGGAUUACGAGCGGGAGGAGGUGGAGGCGCAGCCGCGGCAGUGGAGGAAAUACGACUUCCACUACGACAACGUGCUCUGGGCCCUGCUCACCCUGUUCACGGUGUCCACGGGGGAGGGCUGGCCCGUGGUGCUGAAACACUCCGUGGACGCCACCUACGAGGAGCAGGGCCCGAGCCCCGGGUACCGCAUGGAGCUGUCCAUCUUCUACGUGGUGUACUUUGUGGUCUUCCCCUUCUUCUUUGUCAACAUCUUCGUGGCCUUGAUCAUCAUCACCUUCCAGGAGCAGGGGGACAAGGUGAUGUCCGAGUGCAGCCUGGAGAAGAACGAGAGAGCCUGCAUCGACUUCGCCAUCAGCGCCAAGCCCCUGACGCGGCACAUGCCCCAGAGCAAGCAGUCCUUCCAGUACAAGACGUGGACGUUUGUGGUCUCGCCGCCCUUCGAGUACUUCAUCAUGGCCAUGAUCGCCCUCAACACCGUGGUGCUGAUGAUGAAGUUCUACGACGCGCCGGAGGAGUACGAGCUGAUGCUGAAGUGCCUGAACAUGGUGUUCACGUCCAUGUUCUCCAUGGAGUGCGUGCUGAAGAUCAUCGCCUUCGGGGUGCUGAACUAUUUCCGAGAUGCCUGGAACGUCUUUGACUUUGUGACUGUGUUGGGAAGUAUUACUGAUAUUUUAGUAACGGAGAUUGCGGAAACGAACAACUUCAUCAACCUCAGCUUCCUGCGCCUCUUCCGCGCCGCCCGGCUCAUCAAGCUGCUGCGCCAGGGCUAUACCAUCCGCAUCCUGCUCUGGACCUUCGUGCAGUCCUUCAAGGCCCUGCCCUACGUGUGCCUGCUGAUCGCCAUGCUGUUCUUCAUCUACGCCAUCAUCGGCAUGCAGGUGUUCGGGAACAUCGCUCUGGACGAUGACACCAGCAUCAACAGGCACAACAACUUCCGGACGUUUCUGCAAGCCCUGAUGCUGCUGUUCAGGAGCGCCACCGGCGAGGCCUGGCACGAGAUCAUGCUGUCUUGUCUCAGCAACCAGGCCUGUGAUGAGCACGCCAACGCCACUGAGUGCGGCAGCGACUUCGCCUACUUUUACUUUGUCUCCUUCAUCUUCCUAUGUUCCUUCCUGAUGUUGAACCUCUUUGUGGCUGUGAUCAUGGACAAUUUUGAGUACCUUACGCGGGACUCUUCCAUCCUAGGGCCUCACCACCUGGACGAGUUCAUCAGGGUCUGGGCUGAGUACGACCCGGCUGCGUGUGGGCGCAUCACGUACAGUGACAUGUUCGAGAUGCUGAAACACAUGUCCCCACCCCUGGGGCUAGGGAAGAAAUGCCCUGCUCGAGUGGCGUACAAGCGCCUGGUCCGCAUGAACAUGCCCAUCUCCAGCGAGGACAUGACUGUCCACUUCACAUCCACGCUGAUGGCCCUCAUCCGGACUGCACUGGACAUCAAGCUGGCUCCAGCCGGCACGAAGCAGCACCAGUGUGAUGCAGAAUUGAGAAAGGAGAUUUCCUCCGUGUGGGCCAACCUGCCCCAGAAGACCCUGGACUUAUUGGUGCCACCCCAUAAACCUGACGAGAUGACAGUUGGGAAAGUCUACGCAGCUCUGAUGAUAUUUGACUUCUACAAACAGAACAAAUCCAGCAGAGACCAAAUCCACCAGGCUCCGGGAGGCCUGUCCCAGAUGGGCCCCGUGUCCCUGUUUCACCCUCUGAAGGCCACACUGGAGCAGACGCAGCCGGCUGUGCUGCGAGGAGCCCGGGUUUUCCUUCAGCAGAAGAGUUCGACCUCGCUCAGCAACGGCGGGGCUGUGCAAACCCACGAGAGCGGCAUGAAAGAGUCUGUUUCCUGGGGUGCCACCCAGAGGGCCCAGGAGAUGCCCUAUGAGGCCAGGACCCCCCUGGAGCGCGGUCACUCCACAGAGAUCCCCGUGGUGCAGUCAGGAAAACCAGCUGUGGACGUCCAGACGCAGAGCAAGGCCCUGCGGGGCUCUGACGGGGAGCCCCAACCUGGGCUGGAGAGCCAGGGUCGAGCGGCCUCCAUGCCCCGUCUGGCAGCGGGGACACAGACAGCCUCGGAUGCCAGCCCUAUGAAGCGCUCCAUCUCCACACUGGCACCCCAGCGCCCCCACGUGGCUCCCCUCGGCCAUGCCCUCCUGGGCCGUGCACCCACCAGCCAGACUGCCACCCACCACCACCACCGUUGCCACCGCCGCAGGGACCGGAAGCAGAAGUCCCUGGAGAAGGGGCCCAGUCUGUCAGCAGAUGCGGAUGGUGCCAGCGGCACUGCGGGCCCGGGGCCCGGGCCGCCCCCCGGAGACGUGCCCGCGAGCAUCAGGCGGGAGCGCAGGCAGGAACGGGGCCGGUCCCAGGAGCGCAGGCAGCCCUCCUCCUCCUCCUCAGAGAAGCAGCGCUUCUACUCGUGCGACCGCUUUGGGGGCCGGGAGCCCCUGCAGCCCAGGCCCUCCCUCGGCAGCCACCCCACGUCGCCCACGGCCGGGCCGGAGCCGGGACCCCCAAGACAGGGCGGUGGGUCAGUGAAUGGGAGCCCCCUGCUGUCCACAUCUGGUGCUAGCACUCCUGGCCGCGGCGGGCGGAGACAGCUCCCCCAGACCCCCCUGACACCGCGCCCCAGCAUCACCUACAAGACGGCCAACUCCUCCCCCGUGCACUUCGCCGGAGCUCAGGCUAGCCUGCCCGCCUUCUCCCCCGGCCGACUGAGCCGAGGCCUUUCCGAACACAAUGCCCUGCUCCAGAGAGACCCGCUCAGCCAGCCCCUGGUCCCCAGCUCUCGGAUCGGCUCUGACCCCUACCUGGGGCAGCGCCUGGACAGCGAGGCCACUGCCCACCCUCAGCCUGAGGAUGUGCUCACUUUUGAGGAGGCUGUGGCCACCAACUCAGGCCGCUCCUCCCGGACUUCCUACGUGUCCUCCCUGACCUCCCAGUCCCACCCCCUGCGCCGAGUGCCCAACGGCUACCACUGCACCCUGGGCCUCGGCUCGGGCAGCCGCACGCGGCACAGCUACCACCACCCCGACCAAGACCACUGGUGCUAGGCGCACCUCGGGCCCUUCGCCACACACUCGCCAGCGGGCCCCGUUCCUGUGGAUGAGUUUUAUCAUCUGUGCUGGGCUCCUGGGAUGUUCGGGGAGACCGAGGCGGCAGCAGCAGCAGCAGCAGCUCCUCCCGUUUUCCACUGGCUAGACUCGACGCCUCUCCGCCACAGUCCACGGCUCUGUGUCCCCUCGAGCUCCCUCUCUGGGUCACGUACCGUGGGCCCACACAAGGCGUGUGUGCGGAGCAGGGCCCUGUGAGUCCACACCCUUGGGGAUGGACCCCGCACCUGGGGAGCUGCGUGGGCCCUGGAGGAGGUCUGGCUUUGCAGCACGGCCUUUCUCCCCGCGUGCGGUGCGCAGCGGCAGCGGCGAGACCUCAGGGCCAAGGUGACGGUGAGCACAGCAGCAGACUCGGGGGCACACGGGUCUCAUCUGCGUCGUGAGGCCACGCGUCCCGUGUGGUUCUUUGACUCUUAAACAGCAAGUGGACUCAGCACGUCCGACGCUCUGUCCUCCACCAGACACCGUCCACCCUGCAAGGGACCAAAUCUGGGAAACGGGUUUUGGUUUUUAAUCGCAACCUCUGUGUGCUCAGCCUAGAAAAACAGAGACCAGCUGACAGGGAAGGAGAUGCUGGCAUGACUGCAAAUGUCAGACCCAUGGGAAGGUCUCCGCUUCUCACCAUGUUCUGUGACUGGCGUGAGGAGACGCUCUUCUGUCCAGUCCAGGUGGCCCCCCUCCCCCCGACCUCUGGCUCUCGCUGCUCCCUACCAAGUGCCUGACCUCCAAGCCCUCUGGCGCCAGGCUCCUGGGGGCGGUGACACUCGGCUGUGUGAACCGUGCUGGGUGUGUGGUUGCUGUUCUGCACGGCAACCUGGCAACCAAGUAGAAAGCUGCUGUCAGCCGAGAGCACACAGCCCACAUCCAGCAGGACCGGGUAACUGGCGGUGAGGGGACUUUCCCCUUUCUCGGCUCCCUCUGACAUGGAAGGUUUCCGGAAAGUGCCGAGGGGCAGUUGCUGUGUGGGGCCUUUAUAGUCUGUGCCACACUGACCCUCAGGGAUGGACGCCUGCCCAGCAGAACCUGUGGUUGUGAAUGUAUCUCUUCACACCAGAUGGGAGAGAUGGGGGCGCGGUGGGGUCGGGGCUGGACUGGGCUCCUUGGGCAGGAGGGCCGACUGGACUGAGGUCAGAACUCGGAGGAAGUGACCCGUGAAGGAGAACCUUGGCUCCAGCAGCUGCGUGGUGGCAGUGGAGCCCGGCUGCGACUCUGAUGCAGGCGGGAAGAGUGGAAUCCAGCCGCCGGCCACUCUCGGAAGGAAAGACCCUAGUGGGACGUGAAGCCUGAGACACUGAGAGACUAAGAGUUUAGACAGCAUAUUCCAGUGUGGCCUCCCGUGCUUUGAAAUGUCGACGAUCUUUGCUGCGUCAUGUGUGUUCCCACUGCCUUGUGCCCACGAUUCACCGUGAAGAAACGGUGUGUGUCGUAUGUGUCUGUGUUGGAGGUGUCACAGUGAGUGGAUGCUGUUCCCCCAUAGGGCUAUGCAACAAAAGACACACGUUUACUAGAAAUAAAACACAAGACCGCCACCUGUUCUGGGGUUUCAGCAUGAUUGUGACCAAACCAUUUUAUAGUUUCCUUACUGGAAGGCACAACCCUGAGACUGUAAGAUAACAGAGUACUUUGCUCCGAUCUGAUGCAGCUGAACCGGAGCCUGGACUAUGUGUGGGAGCACUGCGACCUGUCGCAGAGCAGAGGGGGUUUUGUCUCUGGUCCCCAGCCCCUCACUCUUGAGCGUGCUCAUUCGGUGCAGAACCACAGCUGCUUCCUCUCGACGCUGGAGCAGUGAAAAGUACAGGGCGUGGGGGCCGACACAGUGUGUCUCAUUUUCCCGACUUCGGGUUUGGUCUCUCUGCACCAUCUCUUUUCAGCCAUCAUGGUCCCCCACAACCACAGUGAGUUGCCAAACUUGGAAUGCAUUAACCACUUGUCUGCACUGGAACCAUUCGAGCAGUGGCCAUAGUUUGAACCAGUUGCGUGUGCAUGUAAAAUUUAUACAUAUAUACAAUAUGCAAGUAUGUGCAUGACAAUAUAUAUCUUCGUACUUUUUGAUACAAUGUAAUCAUUUGUUAAUUUUUAAUUAUAUUUGAUAUAAAUCAAAAGUUUGUUGCAAAAGUUUAUAUUUAAGAACAGUGUUAAAAGAAAAAAAAAAAGUCCCAACCACGCAACACAACUGGGACUCACUUUUAAAAGUUCUGUGAUCGACUAGUUUGCUGCUUGAGUGAUAUUUAUCAACCCAACUUUGGAUUCUGCUAUUGUUUCUACAUUGACAUUUUGUAUGAAGCAAAGUCCUUGGAUUAAAAUAAAACUUAGCA